AUGGCGACGAGGAAUCGGACUCCUCUGUACAGAAAAUACAGGGAUGCCCUCCGUAACGUGCGGGUUACAUCUCCGUCCUCUCAUCAUCAUGGCGGGGCCUCUUCCUCGGGCAGUGGAGGGGGGCCGGUGAUCGAGCUCGUCAAUGCAUCUCUCUUGCAUUCGAAUCGUUCGUACACGCCCCUCAGUACAGAAGAUCCCAGCAAUUCAAGGUUUGUCCUGGUCACAAAUUACCUUAAUGUGUUUGCCCGGACUCUGAUCCUGGUUUGCUCUUCAAUUUUUUACAGCAAGUCCUAGUUCCUUGUCCAUCUUGGUACCCUGCAUCUGACCCGUGUCUUUAGCUCAUCUGGAUCUUUUUACGUUAAAAUGCAUUCUGAAGAAACCACAUCACAUAUUAAUCCCGUUAGUGGCAUCGUCUCAGCUGAUUAGAAUGGACGUAUUUUUUCGAUAUGUUUAUCCUUUUCCUUUCCAGAUAUUUUUCAGGAACAUUAUAUGUUUAUUUCCCUUGGGGCAAUACUGUCAUUCGAAUAUUUAGCUGUCCACUGGAUGUUAGGCUGGUGUGUGCAUAGUCCAGUACUCAGCCUGCUUCUGCUCAAGUAGACAACACUUCUAAGAACAAAAGUACCGAUUUUUGACAAAGGUUGGAACUCUAGCGCCAGGUUGUUACGAUUAAAAACUAUCGUAUGCAAGUAAGAAAUAUUAGAAAGAUAAACAUAAACUCCCAAUUUUUAGGAUAUACAUUCACAUCACCAAUGUAGAUGUAAGGCAUAUUCUCUUCUCCUGCUUGCUUAUGUUUCAGCUCCCAGUUCAUAUCUCCAAAGUUUUUAGCUACAGUAAAACACUCUUGAUGUCGACCAGUCACUCCCUAAACCUGUGUUACUGCUUUGCACCUUUAAAGCAGCCACCAACCACCCUGAAAAUCGUCGCAUAGAGGCAUUCCUGUGAAGUCCUUCGGUAUUAUUACUAAAAUCGUCAUAUCUGAUAAAAUAUGGGGUCCAUGGUUGAAUUUGACUAUGGAGAAGACUCAUGGCUCCUUUUUGUAGCUAAAUUUUCGUCUGUUUAAGCAGUGGCUCGUAGAUUCUGCUUGUGCUAUUUCUUGUUAGUCUAUUACGGUUAUGGUUGAAGAAGAACAACAGUGAAUAGCUGCAAGAUAAUAGUAAAUAUGACGCAUCCCUCAUUUAUCAAUGUGGAUGCUGAAGUUGACUUGUUCAUUAUGUUUGAAUUUUCAAAACGGAACACGUGAAAUUCACUUUUCUCCAAGUUCAUUAAAUUAAAUAUUGGACAGCCUUCCUACUUUUAUUAUUUUCAUUCCUAUCAGUUGUGCUUUCUUAUAACACUGAAUUAUCUUUCCUUGAAUCACAGUGCAUUUUUGUUUGUAAUGUCUAAUUUCUCUUGCACCUUUUUUGUAUAAUAUUUGAAAUUACUCAGGCCCGUUGAUGGAUUUUGGUAUUUUAGGGAGAAAAAUAAUUCUUUUUUUUGUAUGUUCAUACUUGAUGAAUAAGUUUUUAAUUUUUUCUUGUGUACAGUAGCACAUAUGUAUUUAAUAUUCAAAAUAAAAUUUGAUGCAGAAUUAAGUUUUCGGAGUGAAAUAUACCGACCUUUUCAUGAUUUGUUUCAAGAUGUUGAAAGGCAUGCUCCGCUGCCUGCCCUCUCAAAUAUAUUGUCGUCAUUCCUCAUUUCUGAAUGUUUUAACUGACUCUCCUAGUCUCCAACAUUCUUCUCAUUUCGAAUAGCCCAAUGUGCCACAUGCAAUAAGCCACCAUGCUUUUCAUCCAUCCUUGAGUACGUUGAUAAUAUUUCCCCAUAAAGUUAGAUAAUUCAGUUUCUGGUCAUUAAAUUAAUAUCAAGAACUUUUCAUGGCUUCUUUUUUUAUAAUGUGAUGAAAACUUUUGUUAGGCGUUUUGUGUUUUAUCUUGUUUUAUUGAGUGAAAUAUAUUUCUUGCAGCAACAGGGGCGCCGUUACAGUUGGUUUACCGCCAGCAUGGGUUGACAUAUCUGAGGAAAUUUCUGCAAAUACUCAACGUAUACGCUCGAAAAUGUCAGAGUUAUUUAAGGCUCAUUCGCAGGCUUUAAUGCCUUCUUUUGGUGAUGGGAGAGAGCAUCAACAUGCUGUUGAGGUCCUAACACAGGAAAUCACAGAUUUGCUGAAAAUAUCAGAGAAGAGAUUACAGAAACUCUCUGCUAGCGGUUCUUCUGAAGAUUCAAAUGUUAAAAAAAAUGUUCAGGUAACAGAAUUCUGUGCUUCUACAUUGGAAUGAAAUCUCAUGGGAGAUACAUAAACUUGAAACAUUUAAAGUUCACAUGCACACAUUGUAUUCAUAAAUUUUGGUCCUUGUUGCAUGUGGCUGCUAAAUUUUUCUUUCAUAGAAUUUAUUGAGUACCAAUUUCUGCUUCUUGGAGUCAUACUGCCUGCAACAAUCAAUAUCUUGUGAAGUUGUCAUCCAAUGUGCGGAAAAAUGAACUGCAUCUAAGGAAAUUCUGCAUAGAGAAAUCCCACGUUAAUCAACCACAGUUAUCAAAAAAUGCCAAAUGGUCCCGUAUUUGAAUCUUCUGGGCUUAUUUCUUCUUUUGGGCGUAUUUGUGAAAAAUUGUAUGGAGGUUGUAUGGGUUGAUAUUUAGACUGUCUUCUUUGAUAUCUGGACCAUUGCGCAUCAUAUUCCCUACCCUGUUUAGAGUUUAAGCACAAGUAUAUCCUCAUGUCCCGGGGAUUUCUGCCAAAAAUAUGAUUGACAUCAUUGUUCGUGUGUGGUGUCUGGGGCUGCGUGAUAUCCGUGAUACAUUAUUAGGAUCUCCUAUUGUGAUGUGAGUUAACUCAUUUAUAGAUUAAAAAUCAUACCAGAGAACUUGGAGUUUGAAGUGGGAAGUAUUGGUUCUGCAGGAUGCGCAUCCCUUGUUGAUAAAUAUAUGAUAAUUCGUAACGGCUUUCAUGUCUGAAAAGUCAGUGUCCUUGGUUCAGUUCAGCUGUAGUGUUCAGGGAGACAGUUUGUCCUCUAUUAAGAGUGUUCUCCAAAGAGAUUUUCUUUCAUGUAGUUUGCUGAUGUACAGUAGGCCUUCCGUUGUGUUCUUAAUCACUUGGUUUGAUUUAACUGGACACUUUUAAAGUUUUAGUUGCAGCGACUCAUAAAUCUCUCAAAAGUAGCCGUGUGUGAAUAUUCCCUUUGAGGUCAUGAACACAGCCUGGCUGUUAUGAAACUUCCCUCAAGUUGCGCAGAAGGAUUGAAAUUUUUUUGAAAAAUUGUAGCCACUAGUUUGGGAUAAAAAAAAAAUCAACUUUUAUGCUGGCAUGUGGGGACCCAGAUGUACGGGCGUAUGCAUCCCAUCCCGUCUUCUUGUGUCUUGCCCCUAAAAAUUUACCAAUUGAACAAUGGAUUUAACAGAUGACCAUAUCAUCGCUCAACACAGGUGUCUGUUUUCCCCAACACCAUAGGUGGCUACCGUGAAGAGAACUGAGAUUUUCCUUUAGAGUCCGCCUUUUAUAUUAUUGCCACCUUUAUAAAUGGUAUAAUGACUAGCCUUCUUGCGGAGAUCUUGAAUAGAAUCUAGGUUUUAGCAUUAAUCAUCACAUAUCCUUCAGGCUACUCUGCGGGGUGAUCUUGUUUUCAGCCUGGCUGACGAAAUUUUAUAGAUAGUAUUUUCUUGUUGCUAUAUUUUUGGCAGAAAUGCCUUGAGGAAAAGGUGCCAUUUUUUUUUAUCCAUGGGUGUUCCAUGAGCAUUCGUCAGUAUGGUGGUGGAUUGACGACUUUUACUUGGUUCUCGACCAGCGUUCCCUUGCCACUGAUCUUCAGAAACUCUCCAUGGAGCUUCGGAAGAAGCAAUCUGCAUACCUGAAGCGCCUCCGACAACAGAAAGAGGUCGGCCAGUGUCCCCCUUUCCAUAUAAAGCGACCUCGCAACUCUCUUCUAAUCUGCUUUUAACUGGUGAUAACCUUUUCGUGUGGAUCCAGGAUGGCCUUGAUUUGGAGAUGAAUCUGAAUGGAAGCAGAUCAGAGCAAGAAUAUGACGACUUCGAUGACAUAGUAGGCUAUUUUUCUCAAAUUAAUGGAUUUUAAGUGCCAUCUUCUCCAUUUAAAUGGGCCAUGACACAUUCUCCUAGAAUUUUAUCUGCUCCCACUUUAUGGAAACUGGUGGUUAUUUGAUAUAAGUUGACAUAAGCUGUACACCCCAGGGAUUCAGCGACCAGAACGUCUCGAAACUGAAAAAGAGGGAGGCCUUCACAAGAGAGCGGGAGCGAGAGAUCGAACAGGUGAUGGAUCCUUCAUCUGGCCACACUUUCUGUUUCAUCACCUGGUGAUAGCUUCAACUUUUUUAUAUAUAUUUAUUUAUAAAAAUACUUUGAAUUGGACUCAUCAGGUCGUUGAAUCAGUGAACGAUCUCGCCCAAAUCAUGAAAGAUCUGUCAGUUCUUGUGAUAGACCAGGUGACGUAUCCCUCCCCGCCCUCCCCAAUUGAGCAGUUCAUACUGUUGGUGUUGCUCACUUCCUCCUGAGUCUUUACGUCUCUCUUGAGCAGGGAACCAUCGUCGAUCGGAUCGACUACAACAUCCAGAACGUUUCCUCUUCCGUUGAAGAGGGCUUCAAACAGCUGGAGAAGGUGAUCUUCCGUUCUUGAAUUCCCCCACCCGAUUGUCGGUGAUCAUAUUUAACCUCUCUCUCUCUCUCUCUCUCUCUCUCUCUUCAUUCCAGGCGGAGAGGACUCAGAGAAAGGGGGGCAUGGUGAUGUGUGCCACCGUCCUUGUGAUCCUCUGCUUCGUGAUGCUGGUUCUUCUAAUCCUCAAGACUAUACUUUUUUAG